AUGUCUUCCCCAACCAAAAAUGCACCCGAUUUGACUCAAACCAGCCAAAGUGGCAUCGGUGGCAUCGGUAGCGCAAAGGGUCUACCAGUCCCAAUGCCGGGUCUUUCUGGCCCACCUAACGGUCCAUUUGGCAAUCUCAUCAAAGGUCCCGUUGAUGCCAGUGGCAAGCUAAAGGAUGCAGCCCUCACUGUGGGCAUCAAGCUUGACCUUGAGGCCGAAGUCCAUCUCACGGCUCGAAUCCGUGGUGACAUUCUCGUGGCGCUUUAUUGA